AUGAACGCCAUCCCCAACUACAUUGACCACUGCGCGUUUCCCCACAUCAACUACAUUGACCACUGCGCGUUUCCCCACAUCAUCGAUGCCGUGUUCGCGUACGCCGACCGCACUUCACUCUUAGCCCUGCGCGGCGCGUCGCGCACAUUCCGCACCACGGCCGACGCCCACCUUGCCGCCCACCUCGUCUGUGGCUGGGCGAGUAUCGAGACGCCCUCUGGCCGGCACCCAGCUAUGGCAGAUAUUCACGCUCGUGUAUGCGAGCUCCCCGCAGACGCGGCGGUCCGUGGCGCCCCCGUCCCGUGGGCCUCCUCACCAACCCCUCCAACCCCUCCCGCUUCAGCUUCAGCUUCAACUUCGGCCCCUGCCGUCGUCGACUUUAGCGACAUGUUUACCCCACGCUCCCUCUCCCUCCUCCCAACACAUACCGGGACGCUUCGCGUCUGGCUUUCGGGCUUCAUGCACAAUCCGGCCAUCACGACGUCUUCCAACACCGUCAUCGUCUUCGGGUGGCCGCGCGCACCAGCCAUCGGACCAGUAUACGAACCAUGGGUAGCUCUACGACCAACCACCAAACGUGUAGUGUACCACAUCAGUACGCGGUACCGCGCACACAGUGAGCUUCUCGCACAACUCCGCUCCUCCGAUGGCGGAGUCGAGGAACUUACCGUCAUUGUCAGUGGCGUCCACCCAGCCCCCAAGACAUGGGAGUGCGCUCCUCUUCUCCACUUCCUUCGCUGCGUGGUUGCCGCCGCUCGCCGCCGUCCGCGCAUGCGUAUCUCGAUCGUCAACGCCGCCGCACUCCCCCAACUCUUCCCGUCCGAAGGGAGCGUCGUGUUUGGCGACGACUGCGUCGCUCCCUUUGUCAGCACGUUCAACGAGUACGUUGUGAAGAUGAUGGGCGAUGAGGUGGACGGGAACGAGCCUGAGCAAUGGCGCUUCGCCAGCCUCGACGAGCACCGCAUGCGCGUGGGUCAACGGCAAUUCGCGCUCGAGAUGGGCAUGGCGUAA